GCUGCGGUCGGGUGCUGGCCAGCUCUGGUGCUGGCUGAUGCGAAGUAGGAUGUAAGAUUGGCGCGAAGUUUGCCAUUAUUGAGUACAUUGAGUUGCUGCCGGCUGGGUUUUUCGCGCGCGAAUCAGUAGUUGUCCCCUGCAAAAUGACAUCAGCAUUUCAGCGAGGAUGAUAUCUAUGGUGUUGGACCCAAGUUGCAUGGAUUAAUAGGAUUUAGGAAGACGCUGUACCGUCAUUGAACCUGCCUGUACGUCUCCUCGACAGAAACCAUAUGGAGAUGCCAAAUGCUACUACAGCCCACGACGAAGUGGCUGCGAACUCUGGGAUCCAAGGUAUGACAACACGGGAUAUGGUCAAUAAUAGUGCUGCAGCUGAUAGGGGUGACGACGAAGGUAAACAUGGUCCAGGAGGCGAUGCGGCUUCCACUAUGGCAGAGCUUGAGACCCUUACCAAGGAGACAGGAAUUCAAGUUAACACCGUUCUCCCCGAGAGGUCCCAGCUUUUCAGCAUCUCGAGUGUGAAAGACGACGACGCCUUGCUCGCCUUGACCUGUAUCCCUGGGUUCAAACUCUUCAAUACUGUCUGCAAGCUCUACACGGAGCUGCAGCAAGCAAAAAGCUACGGCAUCCCCAACGAAGACGCGGUCCUAUUAACGUUUCUCAAGUUGUACCAUAACGUAUCGUUCUCGUUGCUCGGUGUCUUGUUCGGCGUUCAGCGCACGACGGCGUUGAAAAUUUUCAAGGAGUCGCUAGCCAUCCUAUCUGCCAUUCUGGGCACGGCAAUAUUCUGGCCCGAGAAGGAGGAAAUCCUGCAGUGCAUGCCUAAGCAUUUUGAGAAUUACGGGAAGACACGAGUCAUCUUGGACUGUGUAGAAAUUCCGAUCCAGAAGCCAAGGGACCUGGAAUGUCUGGUACAAACCUAUAGCAGACGCAGGGGCGCUUGCACCGCAAAAGUCCUCGUCGGCGAGACCCCGGGUGGGCUGAUCUCGUUCGUCAGCGCCGCGUACGGUGGGGGAGUCCCAGAUUCUGUUGUCACGAGAGCCAGCAAAGUUCUCGAGAAGUGCGAGCCGUGCAACGACAGCGUAAUGGCCGCCGAAGGCCUCCUUAUAGAUGAGCUCUGCCUUCAACGUGGCGUAGAGCUUAUCCGCCCACCUUUUCUGAGAAAGCAGGAACAGCUAGGUCGCAGAGAUGCACAGAGAAACGGCAGCGCCGCAUCUGACUGCGUUUGUGUGAAGCGCGCGGUACGGCGUAUGAAGGCGUUCAAAAUUCUGAGACAGAACUUGAGUUUGGAACUGCUUGGCCAAGUUGACGAUGUAGUACGGAUCAUUGCUGGCAUCGUUAACCUAUCUCCGUCAAUUUUCAGUGAUGACGAGUUUAUCCAACAACCCCAAUGUGGUACGAGCAAUAUCCCUGUCACGCCUGAGUGAACUCUGCUUUGAUGCUGCAUCUGGCUGUGUAAAUAAUUUCAAUAAAGUUUGUGGUUGUACACAAGCGA